AUGCUGUUUUUUCUCCUAGCCCUCCUCUUUGUGGCCAACGCCCUCGUCAUCAAUCAUCCUCAUCCCCGUGAAGACUGGGAUGCCAUCGUCAUCGGAGGCGGUCCAGCUGGUCUUUCUGCCUUGAGCGGUCUCGCAAGAGUGCGCAGGCGUGUUCUUCUCAUCGAUUCGGGAGAAUAUAGGAAUGGCCAAACGACACAUAUGCAUGAUGUUAUCGGCUGGGACGGUGUUCAGCCAGCCUAUUUCCGUCACGAAGCCCGCCGUCUCCUCAAGCACUACAAGACCGUUAAGAUGAUAAACGGAACUGUAAUCGAUAUAAAACGCCUCCCUGGCAACAACACACGCUUCUCCGUCUCCCUUGAACAUAACCCCAACUCAAUCAUGCAAAAGGGCAAAGGAUUUUCAGCGCGCAAAAUCGUUAUCGCAACUGGUCUAAAAGACAUUCUGCCCUCCACGCCCGGGAUCACGGAGAAUUGGGGCAGGGGGAUUUACUCGUGCCCCUGGUGCGACGGCCACGAGUACGCCGACCAGCCCCUCGGUCUUUUGUGCCCCCUCGACAAAGUGGCCAUCUACGUCAGAAAAAUCCUCACGCUGGACACCGACAUCGUCGCUUUCGUCAACGGGACUGACAACGAUGAGAUGAGGAGAGUGGCUGACGCGCAAUUUCCACAGUGGGAGGAGUAUCUAAAUCUGCACAACGUGACGAUCGAUAACCGCACCAUUACAUCUCUCGUGCGUCUCAAGGAAGGCGAAGAAGUGGAUAAGGAGCCCCGGAAGCCCUCCGUUCCGAAGGACGACCUCUUCCGUGUGCACUUCACAGAGGGUGAGCCCGUGCAGCGCGUUGCCUUCCUCUCGAGCUUCCCCAGCAGACAGCGAUCGGAUAUCGGAGAAAAAGCCGGUGUUGUGCUGACGAAGGGGAAGUUGGGGGUUAUCAGCGGCACCAUGCUCACGAGCGUGCCCGGUAUUUAUGCUAUAGGCGAUGCGAAUUAUGGCAGUGUGCCUAAUGUCCCGCAUGCGAUGUUUACAGGGAAGAGAGCCGCUGUGGCAAUUCAUGUGGCGCUUGAGAUCGAGAAGCAGGCUGCGGAGCUUGCGGAAAUAACAGAGUCCUAA